AUGGAAGUGUUAAAUGAAAUCUUACAGGUUAGAAACUGGGUUUACAACUUCAGGCCAGCAAGUCAAGAACUUCUAAGGCAAUGGUAUGGGUUACCUGGGUUGGGAUUGGAAUUCUGGAAUGAAAAAAUUUUGUUUACAAUAUGUAAGGAAAUUGGAACUCCACUCAAGAUUGAUAAUACUACAGCUAGAUGUGAGGUUGGAUAUUAUGCAAAUGUUUUGGUUGAGGUUGAUUUUUCUCAGCAUAUUCCUAGUAAAGUAUGGAUUGGGACCAAAUAUGGAGGCUUCUUUCAGGAUGUAAUGAUUCUAGAUUGUCCAAAAUUUUGCUCCUCAUAUUCAGUAGUAGAUUCAAUUAAGGAUGUUGUUCAAACCAAUUCUUCAAAUGUGGAAAGUAUUUCACAAGGAAGUAAAUUCAGUGCUCUAGAAAAUGUUCCUCAAGAAGAGGUACUUGAAGAGGUAAUUAUGGAAACUCCUAAGAUUGUGAAAGUUGUUGAAGCAAAUACCUUGAGUAACAGUACUGUCAAAUUUAUUAAUGGUACAAAUGGUAAAGUAGAAGAGGUUCCAAUACAAGUUACUUCUUGGUCUAAAGUAGUUGAGAAGGAAAUGGUUACAUCUACUUCAACUAGUACUUCUGAUUCAGUUAAAGCUCAUAAAAUUCCUAAUGCUUCUUCAAAGCCUCAAGUUAUUUCAGUUUCUAGUCCGAUGUUAACUGUAAGUAUUGGAGAUGUGUUGGUGUCUGGUGUUCAUGCACAUGUCAAAGCUAUUCAUAGAAGGUUUCUGUCGUCAGAAAUGAAGAUUAUAAGUGAUCUUAAUAAACCAUGGAUUAUUUUAGGUGAUUUUAAUGCAAUACUUACUCAUGAUGAGAAGGUGGGUGGUAGAGUCUCCAACAGAAAUUCAAUGUUAGAAUUUAAUGAUUGCCUAAAUCAGUGUGAGUUAUUGCAAGCUCCUAAAACUGGUUUACAAUACUCAUGGUCUAAUUGUCAACAUGGAAGAGGAUGUGCUAAUCUUCCAAAGCCAAAAAACACUCCAAGGAAGUUCCAAAAAAUAUGGCUUAGUCAUCCAGAAUUUAUGCAAGUUGUAUCAAACUGUUGGUCUAAAAAUGUGGUGGGGGAUCCUGCUUUUCAGUUUCUACACAAGUUGAAGGAGUUAAAAAAGGUUCUCAAUACAUGGAACUGGGAAGUCUUUGGUGAUGUUCAAGUAAAGAUUAAGGAAGCUACAAAUAAAGUAAAUUUGGCAACUCAAAUUUCAGAUGCUAAUCCAUUUGAUGAGGAUGCUCUUGCUAAUUUAGUGCAAGCUCAAAAUGAACAUGCUAGUAGAGAAAUUCAAGCUAAUACUCUGAUGAGGCAAAAAGCUAGAGUCAAGUGGAUAAAAGAAGGUUCAGCUAAUACAAUUUUUUUUCAUACUAAAAUGAAAAUUAGAAAUGCAAAAAACAUGAUUAGUGAGCUUGAAGACAAUGAUGGUAAUAUAAUUGCAGAUCAAGACAAAAUAGCUGAAGCUUUGGUUGAUCAUUUUCAAAAGAAGUUUGAGUUUCAGCCUGUAAAUGAAGCAAAAAAUUUUCUGGAUAUUAUACCAAAAAUCAUUACUGAAGAAGAUCAGCAAAAAAUAGAUAUAAUCCCAGAAGAGGAGGAGAUUAAAGCUGCUAUUUUUGACAUGGAUCCAGAGAGUGCUCCUGGUCCUGAUGGUUUUUCUGGUAUCUUUUUUAGAAGUUGUUGGAACAUUAUCAAAAAUGACUUGGUAGCAGCCAUCAAAUUCUGUUGGAGGAGAAGAUUUAUACUAAAAGGGAUGAACUCAAGUUUCUUAUUCUUGUUGCCUAAGACUCAAGGAGCUAAAACUGCUAAUCUAUUUAGGCCAAUUGGAUUAAGGAAUGUGGUUUUCAAGAUCUUUACUAAGAUAAUAACCAAAAGAAUGAGUGAGCUUAUGGAAAAGUUAAUAUCUCCUCAGCAAGCAGCCUAUAUCGAGGGAAGAAACAUACAUGAGCAAGUUUUGAUGGCUUCUGAGUUGGUCAAUGAGAUGAAAUUCACAAGAAGGGGAGGAAAUGUAGGAAUUAAGCUUGAUAUUUCUCAGGCUUAUGACUCAGUAAGUUGGGAUUUUCUUAUUAAAUUUCUUUUGAAAUAUGGUUUUUCUGAAUCUUGGUGUGAGUGGUUAAUCAUUCUAUUCAAAUCAGCAAGGAUUUCUGUGUUAGUUAAUGGAGGCCCAUGUGGAUUUUUUUCUAUGGGGAGAGGCUUGAGACAGGGAUAUCCACUCUCUCCAAUUCUCUUUGUUCUGAUGGAGGAUGUUUUAAGCAGAAACAUUUCUGCUUUGGUGGAAAGGGGUGAGAUGCAACCAAUGGUUAUGAAGAAUGGAAUACAUCCUACUCAUCUGUUUUUUGCAGAUGAUGUAUUCAUAUUCUGUAAUGGAGGAAAAGUUACAUCUGCAAUGGUUUGGCAUAUAGUUGAAGUGCUUCAAAGAAAAUUGGCAGCAUGGAAAGUCUAUAGAUGGCCUUCAUCUGUAAUUAAGAUAUGUGAAAAAACCAUAAGAAAUUUCUUGUGGACUGGAGAUGAAGAUACAAGAAAAUUCAAAACACUUUCAUGGAAAAAAGUUUGUACCCCUUAUGAGGAAGGUGGUCUAGGUAUUAGAAGACUAAAAGUUGUCAACCAAUCAUUGUUAAUGAAGCUCAUGUGGAGAAUUUUAAAUUCAGAUGAAGAAUGGGCACUGUUUUUAUCUGCAAAAUUUCAAAAUAGAUAUGGUCAAUGGACAUCAAAUUGGAGACAAUCAAUAAUUUGUAAAGGACUGAAAUGGGCAUGGAACGCUUUAAAAGAUGAUAUCAGAUGGAAAAUUAGUGAUGGCUCACACAUUUCAGUUUGGUUUGAUAUUUGGUUGGGGGAAAAUCCACUGAUAAAUGACAUUGGUUAUACAGAAUAUGUCAAGCACAAUAUUGGUCUGAAAGUGAAUGCACUUUUAUCUGAAGGUCAGUGGAACAUUCCAGUUGAACUGCAACAACUUAUCUCCAAUUAUCAUUUGCCUGCUGUUCAUGGUGGUGUUGAUAUAAGAUUAUGGAAUGCUGAUAAUGGUAAUUUCUCAACUCAUUCUGCAGUUGAAAGAAUAAGAUAUCAUGAACCAGUUUUGUCAUGGACAAAAUACAUUUUGCAACAUUUCCUUCAUCCUAGUAUUGCCAGCAAUGUAUGGAAGCUGCAACAAGAAGUCUAUGUAGAUGAUGUUAUCAUGAUGAAGAGGGGAUUUGAAAAGGUUUCAAUCUGCUGCAUUUGUUGUGCAGAUCAAGAUAAUAUGAAUCAUACUCUCUGGGAUUAUGAGUUCAGUGUUGCAGUUUGGGGUUGGUUGACAAUGGUUUUUGGAUUUCCAAAGCCUAAAUCAUUUGCAGAUGUUUGUCAGGUUGCAAAACACAAAGGUAAAAUGGUAAAACAGAUGUGGAUGACAACUGCUUGUGCUACUAUGAAAGAGAUGUGGUUUCAUAUAAAUGCCAAGCUUUUUGGUGAAAUUAAGCCUAAUCUUAAUAGAUUUAAAAGCAGAAUCAUUCAGCAAGUUCAUGAAGGUAGUUACAGAAUGACAGCAAGCAGACCUGGGCUCACAUAUGAGAGCCAAAUCAUCCUUGAGUCAGUCCUGUAUUAG